AUGGCUGGUUCUGGAGGUCGGGAGGGGACUUUGAGAUAUGAAAUUAAUGAUUUGAUGCAAUGGAUGCAAGUGGAGAGGGGACCACUAGCUUCGAGAGAGCAUUGGCCUGCCACGAUGAGCCUGUACCACGAUCUAGACCGUGAUGAGUUGGAGUUUCUACAUUCGUUGGGGUUGCAUUAUGUAGGCAGAUGGCUGAGGAUUCGAGCGCAUACUACUAUGAUGACUGCGCUAGUGGAGAGAUGGGAUAGUCAGUAUAAUACCUUUCAUUUGCCAACUAGAGAGGCGACAGUGACCUUGCUGGAUGUUUGGAGGAUCUUGAAGAUCCCCAUUCAUGGCAUGAUCCCCGAGUAUCAGUUGGAUGCAGCCAAUUUUUAUUUGAGGGAGGUGUGCGAGUAUGAGAUGCCACCAAUGCUAGAUAGGAGCAGGAUGCACUUGGGCCAAGUGAUGGCCAUCCGACAGAUUCCUCGGCUAGUUUUGGUGAUUUGCGGCUUCCUGAACGGGCGAAUCCUUCCAAAUUUGGGUGGACACGGAUUUCCUAUUGGGUGGAUUAGAUGCAUGUAUUUCAUGAUUCAUGAUGGUGUUCAAUAUGCAUGGGGCUCAGUGAUGCUAUCCCAGCUCUAUCAUAACAUGCACUUGGUGACUUACAGAGAGUAUGUUGGUUUAUCUGUUGGGGUGACACUCCUACACAUAUGGGCAUGGGAGCAUAUUGCAGUGACUCGGCCACUGGGUGCUCAAGAUAGGCAGCCACAGUAA